AUGGACGAGAACAUCCUGUGGGCAACGUCUGUGGUUGAUAGAAGAGCGGCCCUUGAUGAACGGGAGGAGGCAGAGGGUCAAGUGAGAAAGAUCUCCUCUGAUCUGAGGAGUGAGAUUGUUGAUCUGGGGGGUGCAGAGAACAUUAUUGAGCUGCGUAUGAAGAAGAAGAUCAGGAACAAAACCGCAGAAGCUCCCAAAGACCCAAUGGAUGUUCCGGUGGGACCUGUGGAACAGGAUGAGUUUUUAAAAGCAGCAGCUCAGGGAAAGAUUGAAGUAGUUGAGAAAUUUCUGGAAGAUGGAGGAGAUCCCAACAUCUGUGAUGAGUUCAGGAAAACAGCGCUGCAUCAGGCUGCUUUGGAAGAUCAUGCUAAAAUAGUGGAAAAAUUACUGGACAAAGGUGCUGAUAUCAACUUUAAAGACAGGCUGGACUCCAGAGCUGUACAUUGGGCUUGCAGAGGUGGAAGUCUCUCAGCACUAAAAGCUCUUCAGGACAGGGGAGCUGACAUCAAUGUCAGAGACAAACUGCUUAGCUCACCUUUGCACGUGGCCACACGGACAGGUCACUGUGAUGUUGUCCAACAUCUUCUAACCAGUGGAAGCAAUAUUAAUGCCAAAGAUUGGGAAGGAGACACGGCACUGCAUGAUGCUGUCAGAUUAAAUCGAUAUAAAAUUGUCAAACUCCUUAUACUGGCAGGAGCCGAUAUGCAGAUCAAGAAUGCUGAGGGCAUUACGGCCACAGAACAGGUAAAGCAAUGGCAGUUUUACACAAAGGAGACACUGGAGAAACUAGAACAGAUGUGA